AUGGGGAAUAAACAGACUAUCUUUACAGCACAGCAGCUAGAUGCCUAUCAGGACUGUACAUAUUUUACAAGAAAAGAAAUACUCAGACUGUUUGACCGCUAUCGAGAUUUGGCACCGCAACUAGUUCCCCUUGACUACACCAGCCACCCAGAUGUGAAGUUGCCGUAUGAGCUGAUUGGCAGCAUGCCAGAGCUAAAGGACAACCCAUUUCGUCAGAGGAUCGCUGAGGUUUUCUCUGAGGACGGAGAGGGAAAUAUGACACUAGAUGACUUCUUGGACAUGUUUUCAGUCCUGAGUGAGAUGGCUCCGCGUGACCUCAAGGCCUACUAUGCUUUCAAAAUUUAUGAUUUCAACAAUGACGACUUUAUCUGCAAGUCAGAUCUUGAGAAGACACUGAACAAACUGACCCGUAAUGAGCUGUCAGAAGACGAGGUAAGAAUGGUGUCUGAGAAGGUGAUAGAUGAGGCUGACCUGGACAACGAUGGCCGUCUGUCACUGGAGGACUUUCAGCACAUGAUUGUUCGAGCUCCAGACUUCCUCAGCACCUUCCACAUAAGGAUUUAAAGAAAUGAAGCAAUCAUGUGCAUUUCUUAAUUUGAGUAUCCCCUAAAGUGGACUUACAAUACUGCAGAAUGUCUGAAAAGUUGGGGAAUCCCGACAUCAUAACCAGAAAGCAAUUGUCAUUUUGUGUAUAACUUUAAUGUGCAUAAUUUUGUAAAAAUAAACAUAUGAUCAUCAGAGAUAAUCAGACAUUGACAUUUAGCAACCAGAGUAAAUACUAUGAGUAACUAUGAAUAGUCUUGUCUUUAAUGGGACCAUUACUGCAAACAGAUUGGAAUUGUACAAACCUUUCUACACAUGCAUUGUACGAACAUACUGAGCCCACUUCUAUUUUUUACUUUUACAAUCGCAGCUGCAGCAAUAACACCAAUCAGGAUUGCAGGUCUAUCAUCAUGUGGCGGCAUGAACCAAUCCAUCUUGACAAGGCUCAUUAGUUAUGACCAUCAACAGUAGAUUUUUGUUUUGUAUAUAAAAGGGAUUCAGUUACACAGACUAUAAAAGACACAAAUGCCAGAAUAUUCCAGUGGAUCAUAGCGGGCCAAUAAAAGGAGGGCCAUU